GAGCAGCGGGGACUGGCACCGUCGUGGGAAAGCAGAGUUGCCGAGCCUGCCACGCGCGACCCCGACCUCUGGGGGACUGCCAUGCUUUGCUAGACUGUCGCAGCCCGCACGUCCGGUGCGCGAUUUCGUCUGGAGCAGGGUCCCCUCGCUGCCCCUCCCGGCCAGAGGCUUCAACCUCAACUCCUCGCUCACAGGCUCCCUCGCACGGAAGGGUGCCCCACCCGCCCCUCCACGCCUCCUCGCAUCUCCGGUCCCUCUGCACCUGCGUUCUCCUGCCUCAGCCCUCCGUGCAGGAUCAGCGGCUUACUCGGUUCCCAAGUCGCCCUCCACCUGCCCUUAGCACCAGCAGGGGUACAGUGUCCGCAAGGAGGUCUUGGGGUGAAGGGUCCAGUGCCCGGGACAGGACUCGAGGUCCCAGGAGUGGGGCGCGCUUCGGGAUCCGGAGACGCCGCCGUGGGUUUUGGGGAAGAACCAGGGGCCGCUUGACCGGGGGGGUCGGGCCAGGACCCCACGGGAAAGUCAGCUUCCUUCCUAGCUCCCUGCUGCCCGGAAUUCCCUCGCUCUCGGCCCGCCCGCGGAGCGGGGUCGUCGGGCCCGGCGGCAGGAGGGGGCGGGGAGGCCCGGGCCACCCAACCCCCGCCCCAGGCGUGCUCUUCGGGGAAACAAGAAGCGAGUCCUGGUCGGCCAGCGCCCUGGAGCCGGGUUCCGGGAAGAGAAACUCGCGGCUGCUGCUGCCCCCCGACCCUGGCGCUCCAGACAACGCUCACCUUUGAAGCGCUCCAAAGACGGUCUCUGGGGAGGGACGGCGAGACCACCGCCCGGCCUCCCUUCUCACUCGACUUUGGAAGAUUAGGCCACUCCCCCGACACACCCGCCCCGCGCAUCGGGGUGCACCGUUAUCUGGACCUCUGCUCCAGCUGCCAUCCUCGGACUCGGCGUGUGCCCCCCAUCUCCUGGACCUGCUGCCAUCGCUGCCGUGCGUCUCCAAUCCCCAUUUUGUCUCCUAGCACCCCUGGGGGAAACCCAGACCUCUUGUCCACCUUCCCAAUCGACGCGGAAUCCCCGUGACUCUGCUGGUCCAUGACCCAUUCCUGCAGGUCCCUAGAGAGGCACGGGGGUCAGAAACCCUCGGAGCCCCGGGGUUGUCCGAGGCUGGAGCGCGCCAUGCAGCUGCGGGGGUCGACGCUCGCGCCCCGGCUCCGACUCCUGGCGUUGCUGCUGCCGCUGCUGCCGCCGCCCGUGCGCACCCUAGAGCCCACCCGGGCUCAGGACGUGAGCCAGCUCGUGGACUGGCUGACCCGCUAUGGCUACCUGCCGCCCCCCGAUCCCGCCCAGGCCCAGCUGCAGAGCCCGGCCAAGCUACGGGAUGCGCUGAAGGUCAUGCAGAGGUUUGCGGGGCUGCCGGAGACAGGCCUCAUGGACUCCCAGACGGUGGGUGCCAUGCACAAGCCCCGCUGCUCCCUGCCAGAUGUGCUGGGGGCCGCGGGUCUGGUCAGACGCCGCCGCCGCUAUGCCCUGAGUGGCAGUGUGUGGAGGAAGCAGUCCCUGACGUGGGGGGUGCGCUCCUUUCCCCAAGGCUCCCAGCUGAGCCAUGGCAAAGUACGGACUCUGCUGAAGCACGCACUGGCCGUGUGGGGCUCAGAGUCGGGGCUCACUUUCCAUGAGGUGGACACCGGGCACCAGGAACCUGACAUCCUUAUUGACUUCGUUCGGGCCUACCACCAGGACAGCUACCCCUUCGACGGGCUUGGGGGCACCCUGGCCCAUGCCUUUUUCCCUGGGGAGCACCCCAUCUCUGGGGACACACACUUCGAUGAUGAAGAGAUCUGGACUUACGGGGUGGAAGAUGGUGAAGGGACUGACCUGUUUGCUGUGGCUGUCCACGAGUUUGGCCACGCCCUGGGCCUGGGGCAUUCCUCCGCUCCCAGCUCCAUCAUGAGGCCCUUCUACCAGGGCCCCGUGGGUGACCCUGCCACGUACCGGCUGUCCCAGGAUGACCUCGAGGGCCUGCAGCAGCUGUAUGGUAGGACACCAGUGCACCAAACCCCACACAGGCCCACUCGGAGACCCCUGGCUCCUCCGCAGCCCUCCACCCAGCCUCCGGACAGGAACAGGCCUUCUGUUCCCACCCAGGAUCGGUGUGAGGGCAAUUUUGAUGCCAUCGCUAACAUCCGCGGGGAGACCUUCUUCUUCAAAGGGCCCUGGUUCUGGCGCCUGCAGCCCUCCGGACAGCUGGUGUCCCCACGGCCUGCAGGCUUGCAUCGUUUCUGGGAGGGGCUGCCCGCCGAGGUGAAAAUGGUCCAAGCCGCCUACGCCAGGCCCGGUGACGGGCGCAUCCUCCUCUUCAGUGGCCCGCAGUUCUGGGUGUUUCGAGAUCGGCAGCUAGACGGCUCUCCGCGGCCGCUCACCGAGUUGGGCCUGCCGCCUGGGGAGGUGGUGGAUGCCGUGUUCUCGUGGCCGUCCAACGGGAAGACCUACCUAAUCCGCGGCCAGCGCUACUGGCGCUUUGACGAGGCGGCCGGGAGAGCCGACCCCGGCUAUCCCCGCGACCUGAGCCUGUGGGAAGGGGCGCCGCCCGCGCCCGACGACGUCACGGUCAGCAACACAGGCGACACCUACUUCUUCAAGGGCGCCCACUACUGGCGAUUUCCUAAGGGCAGCGUCAAGGUCGAACCCGACUUCCCCCAGCCCAUGGGGCCCCAGUGGCUGGACUGCCCUGCCUCCACCUCUGACCCUCACGUUCCCAAGCCCCCUCAAGCGACUCCCAGGUCGAGAGCCUGCGAUUGCAAGUGCGAGAUCAACCGGGCUGCGGGCCGGCUCCCCGAUCCCUUGCUGCUGCCCCUAUUGCCCUUGCUGGCUGGGGCCGUCGCCUCCCGCUGACCGGCGGACGUUCUGUGCGGAGCGCCCCCAGACUGGACAGGGGCGGGACGUGGCCGGAGAUGGCGAGGCUCCGCAGGGCCAGCCGCUGUCUGUUGCCAGGGUCGGUGGUUCUCACGAAGACCCAACAGAAGGCUCCGCCUGGGACUCGACCUCCGCUCCUGCACCCCGGGCCC